AAAUCUAAAUGAUGAUAAACGAUUUCGAAUAAUUAUUUUUCUGGAAAAUUUCUUUACUAAAGAAAAACUUUCUAAGAUUCAUUUUGUGAUGACGGCGGAGAGUGAAGAAGUUAAUAAUUUGUUAUACACUCUUAUUUAUAAAGAAGCUGAGGAGUAUUUUAGUAUUUAUAAAAAGGAUGAUGUUAUUAAUAUUGAAUUUUUUAACGAUCUACAAAAGUUCUCUGAUUUAUAUUUAUGUCUGAAUAAUAAAACGUUAUAUAAUUUUUAUAGCAUCUUACUUGAAAAUUUACGAUUUAUAAUUGCGUCGGGGAAAAAAACAUUGCCACAAUUAUUUGAAAGUAUAGCAUUACUAACCAAUGUAGACGUUAGAUACAGCAUAGGAGAAGAGCGUAUUUAUUUUAAUAAAGUAGAAGCUAAGAAAAUGUUUCAAAUCUUAAAUAUUGACAAUCCCGAGAAUUUAGAAAACUACGUUGAAAGUUUAAUUAAAUAA